UUCCUGGCAUUCCGACCUCAGUCCCUCCUCGGUUACUUAUUAUCGCCGCCUGCUCUCUCCACAAUCAUUUCACAGCGAGAGAGGAGCGUGGCAACCCGUCCGGGGGGGGAGCAACAUGAGACACGUUUGACACCAAAAAAUCGAUGGAAAUAGUGGAAAUACCCCAAAUUUGACUUCGAGACUGAGGACAGCGUGUCUUUAGGAUGAAAGCGUGAGCUGGUUCACAGCUGAUUUAUUUAAAUACAUUCACACUGAUAAGAAACAACUCUACUGAUCCUCAGAGCGAAUAACUGAUUCACACAGCAGUAUGUCGUCCACUGAAGAGCCGUCUGGUACGGUCCUGCACCGGCUUAUCCAGGAACAGCUCCGCUAUGGAAACCCCACAGACACCCGCACCUUAUUAGCCAUCCAGCAGCAGGCCCUGCGUGGAGGCAGCGGAAGCAACAGUGGACCCAGUAGUGGCGGUGACAUGAGCAGGAGCCCACGAUCCUCUCUGGAGAGCCUUACCCAGGAAGACCCACUGCUCCCUCAGCUCUCUGCGAGGCAGGAGCCUCAGGGCCAGGAGCACCAGGGAGACUUUCAUCACUCAGAAAGUGACUACCAGCUACAUGGGGAGAAGCUGCCAACAUAUGAGCAGGCCAAGGUGCAUUCUCAGUACUUAGCAAGUCACUGGGCCCCUAUGGGCCCAAUCAGGCAGCUCCAUGAGGGGCAGCUUCUGCUGCCCGAAGGGGUCUUUCACGAAGAAGCAGAUCUGCUGGAACAGAAGUGCAGCCAUGUGCGGUCACUCAGCGACCAUCACAUGCAGAUAUCUCUGGAGAGGAGAGAUGCUUUAGCUAAAGCAGAAGCCAUCAAAUUUAGCUCUCACAGCUAUCCUGAGCUACCUUACUACAGCCCACAGUGCAUUCAGAGCACAGGGCCAAGCACAGACAAACGCAGCCCACCCCCAGAAUACACCGCUCCCAUCCAGGGCCAGGGAUUUAUCCCUCACCAGAUACAAGAACAAGUGCAGACUCAGCAACACAGGUAUGUCCAGUCUGGUCAGCCAGCUGAAGUCCUCUGCUACAACACAUUCACCAGCCUGCCACCUGCUGGCUUGGAGGAACCCAACCAGGUGGAGUUGCUACUAAUGGAGAAUGAGAGGCUCAGGCAAGAGCUGGAAAGUCACAGGGAGAAGACCAGCCGCAUUCAGAAGUUGGAGCAGGAGAUCCAGCGUAUUUCAGAGGCCUAUGAGACAUUGAUGCAGGGCAGCAGUAAGAGAGAAAACCUGGAACAGACGCUGAGGAGGAGGUUGGUGGCGGAAAUCAGGAGGCUGCAGGAUUUCAACAGAGACCUGAGAGAAAACUUGGAAAAUGCCAGAACGCAUGUUGCAAAGGAAGUAGAGGCAGCUGACCAUAACCAGCACAUCAUGGCAAAACUCCUUGAACAAAAUGAGGAGCAGAACUUUGAGCGGGAGCGCGUCGAGCGGGAGCUGCAGCGUUUGCGAGCGACUGCAGAGGAGCAGAGCCUGCGGGCAAAGCGACUCGAGGAGGCCCUGGAGGCAGCUCGAGGACGAGGUCGCCAGCUUGAGGAGGAGUUGAGGAGGAAGAGGGCAUAUGUCGAAAAGGUAGAGAGGCUUCAGAGUGCACUGGCUCAGCUGCAAUCCACCUGUGAAAAGAGGGAAAGCCUAGAGAUGAAGCUGAGGACAAGGCUAGAGCAGGAGCUGAGGAGUCUGAGGGCACAACAGAGGCAGUCUCAGCCACCAGGCGUGACCAUGAGUUCACUCCAAGAGCGGCUGCAUGAGCGUGAAGAGCGUAUCCUGGCCCUCGAAGCUGACAUGGUACGCUGGGAGCAGAAGUACCUGGAGGAGAGCACCAUGAGGCAGUUUGCCAUGGAGGUGGCUGCUACUGCUGCAGCCCAGAGGGACACUACCAUCAUUAACCACUCACCCUGCCACUCCUCUAACAACAGCUUCAAUGAGGACCUACCAGUGGCCGACCACAGGAAUCAAGAGAUGGAGAACAGGAUCCGUGCUCUUUAUGCUCAGAUUUUAGAAAAAGAUGCUGUGAUCAAAAUCCUCAACCAGCGGCUACACCAGGAUCAAGGUCGGAAGGAUGAGCAGAGUCCACGAACAAACCUCCUCAAUGUGGUAGGGUCACCUCUCCGGCCUGCUUCUUCAACUCCCUCCAUCAGCACCACGAGCACUAAGAAUAGAGGGAAGAGUCUGUCAGACGAUCAGACUUUGCCAAACCGUCAGUUCUCUGCCCAGUCUGAACCUUCGACGCUAGAACGGCAGCUCGAGGAAGCCAAAACCAAAGAGGCUGCCAGCACAACUAAGCUCAAUAGUGUAGACAAAGCAGCACCUACAAAGAUGCUGUUAAACCCCUUCAGAGGCCUGGAUGAGCUGGAGUCAGAGGCAGUGGAAAUAUUCAUUUAAGGAAUUGAAAGGUGGAUUCUGAAUGAGGGAAAAAAAAGACAAACAUUUUUUUUGUAUCUGUGAAGAGUGCAAGAACUGAGAGCACAUUACUGGAUCCAAGAAUGUUCAGGAAAAAGGCCAAUGCAUAAGAAAAAGGACUGUUUUCACAUUUUAGUGACAGAGCUGUGCUCCGACCCACUUUCUCUCACUGAGCUGGACAACUGCAGGCAGUCUGCCCGGCAGGGUGAGAAAACACGACUCUUCUAAGGUACUUGGACAGUAUUGUGGAUUGUAAUAGGGCAACAUGUUCUCAGAGUGUAUGGCAAAAUAUUUAUAUAAAUCUCUCUAUAUAUAAUUGCUGCUUUCCCACUUCAGUAUCCAUUUUUGUUUCUUUUCCCUUGAGAUUAGAAGCUACAUAUUUAUCUAAUCCGGUUUCCACAUUCCCCAAAUAUUAACUUAAGCCUUGUGCUCUUCUAGAUAAACAUUCAUUUAGAGGUUAUCUAUGUGACCGGCAUUCCCCUCACUUCCAAAAAAAUGUGGAUUUAAUCUUGAGUAAUCUCAUUCCCAUCAUAUAGAUAUUAUCUGUUUAGAAGACUCCCCUUUGAUUAAUUUAAGCUGAUAACACAAGAUUUUGUAGCUCUCGCUGCUCAUAUUUAUUCAGCCUUGGUAGCUGGUUCUGCAGGGGUUUUGAGAUGUAUGAACAGGAAGCUGCUUAUAUAUAUAUAUAUAUAUAUAUAUAUAUAUAUAUAUAUAUAUAUAUAUAUAUAUAAAGACUAAGAUAUAUAUAAGACUGACUCGGACCUGAUGUAAGUUUGUAUUUCUGGGAUGUUGUAGCAUCAUGGUGUUGAGUUCAUUGUCUUUUUUUUUUCCUUUUCUCUGAAAGUAUGUUUGCAUGUGUGAUAGUAUGUGAGUAUGUGUCCAGAUGUGGUGAUUCUGCUGGUUUGGUCACCUUAGAGGGCAAAAGUUCUUAGUUUUUGUUUACUGUGAGCUUUGAAAUAACAAACUGGUUAAUUAAUAUUAUUAUCUAUUUUAUACAGAUGUUUGUAUUGUUAUUUUAGAUAUAAGAGAGCUUUGAGCAGGACACCAAAGAGUUUGUGUGUUAUUUGUAAGUUAUAAGCCGACAAUCACUGUCCUGUCAAGCUGUACACAACCAACCACAUGUUGACAUUAAACAGGCAUGUCUGUGAACUUACAACAGUAUGAAGGUUUUCACAGUUCAAUUCAUGCUACAUUUCAUAAAGCAAUAAAAUGUUU